CCUACGCGUUGCACUCGCUUCUUCAAGACCACGACUCUCGCCAGUCUCACUUUUCUCCUUGUUUCACAGACAAUCCAUCCCAGUGGAGAAACAAGACUAUCGUUUCUGAUAUUGCCAUCAUCAAAACAUUCAGCUUUUCUGUGAUUCAACGCUAUUACAAAUCACACACUUAUUGAAUCACUAUAUAAUCAAGCACGUCAAAUACUUGUAUAAACCGAAGUGAAAUUACAUAGUAGGAAUAUUAUUACAAUUACACUUUCAGUGGGAAAUGUUAAAUAAAUACGUGCAUCGAUUUUAAUUCCCUAACUGUUGCAAAUAGUUUUGCGUUAUUGUGCGAUCAAUCUGUUUUGUAAAACAUUCAAGACUUUCCUUUCUCUCCUGCAUAUCGGCUUCGUAGAUAUAUUUACAUACAUUGACACUACUCGGAGAAAGUUAAACCGGAAAACUUUGUGUUGCAAGAAUAGAGUGGGGCCCGACCGACACCUGUUUAGAAUUCCAAAUUGACUCAGUGGGACUAAGGAUAAACGAAUCUUAUACAACAAGUCAGCCCACGUUCACUAACUCUGUUGACCAGUAUACGUGACAAAUGGUCAAAUUUUAUAGUGAAUUUGAGCCUCAAUUCGUCUCUCAAACCAAGAAACUGCCUCUUGGGAUACAUUCUGCAAUUUUCAGACUCUAAUCUAGGCUGCCAACAACUUAAAUUGGGAUACAAUGCCUGCAAAUAAAAGUCACAAUAUGGUGGACACUGCCGACAAGUGAAUACAAAAUGUAGGAAAGGGUCUCAAAAUUAAUACUUCAAUCAUUGUGCAGAACACAGACAGGUACUGUGUUAUCGACACACUGAGACUCAACUCUCUACGAUUGUCCACUAUUUAAUUAAUAAGUGGAUUAAGAAAUCAGUAAGAUAUUUUAAAAACUAACUAUUAUUUUGUGAACCGACCAUCCUCAUUCAGAUUCUAUUUAUCCAGAGCUUGCAACAAAUGGGGUCACAUCCAUGACGGAACAUUGUUAAUUGUUUGUUGAACUGGAAAAAUGCUUGCAAACUCACUAUUGUCCAUUCUGAUCCUCCUUCUGAGUCCCCUUAUCGUUCUCUCCAACACGCUAAUUAUCAGUGUCUGGUUGCGCUUUAAAAGAUUACGAACUCCAUCCAAUGCGCUUAUCAUAUCACUUGCCGCAGCGGACCUGGGUUUUGGUCUCUUUCUCCCGGCGGCAAUUGCACUUGAGCUGACAAUGCCUCCUAAUCCUUCUUCUGAGUACGAAUGCAAAAUGAUCAUGUGUGUCCUACCAUUUGCAAUCUUGCUCACGUUUUGUGCCGCAUCCCUCUUGUCAAUCACUCUCAUUGCUCUGGAUCGGUUCACUUCUGUGUCUCAACCUCUGCGGUAUAACCACUUUGUCACAAUGUCCAACAUUCACAGAUUCGUCACGGCGUGUUGGAUCUACGCUAUUCUUAUUGGAAUUGCUAUCCCAAUAAUAUUUAUAGCCAGUAGAAACGAGUGGCCCUUGUGGGGUGGAGAUCUGGUCUUAGGAUGGACGACUUUUUGCCUGUAUGGGCCAUGUCUUUUCUGCGUCAUCGUAAGUUAUGGACAUAUUUAUGUCGUUGCGCGAAAUCAUGCCAGAGCAAUUUAUAGCGUGGAGAUUUCUCUUCACAAUGGGAAUACUUGCGAGGUUACAGAUACUGCCACCCUUGGUCAUACAAAUAGAUAUGGUCUUACCCUGGCUCUCAUUUUAUCAUCGAUUCUGAUUUCUUGGUUGCCACUCCUCCUCAUAGCAUUCUGCGACAUGCUAGCUUAUCACAAUAGCGUACAAGGCACAACUUUUGACCUGAGCGAGGAAUACCAAGGUCACGGUGGGACCAAUUUCAACGACAGUUUUGUUGCCAACAAGUCGUCCACUCAUAACUACAGCAUGAUACUCAUGAACCCUCAGUGGAGGAUGCUGGCUUCCCUUCCGCUCGUCCUGAGCAGUUUGUUUAACCCUUGGCUAUAUGGGUAUCGAUCGACUGAGAUGCGAGUUGCCGUAAUUCGCCUGCUGGACUGGGCUUUAACUAAAGUCACUGGACGACCACAAUCUGUGGAUAUUUUGUACACAUACCACAAAGGAGAUUUAACUAGUUGUGCGUCAAAUGUUAGAUUGUUGGGAAUAUCACCUACUCAAACAACCGUGCAAUGUUGCAGUCCCAGUCCAAAUGCAGACAGGAAGCAUUCUAAUUUGUCGAUUCAUCUCAUGAUUUGUGACAACAAUCAAGUAUCUUCUCUCUGAUUUCUUGAUUAUUUUUAUUGUGGACGCGUACCUGCGAUUGUAAAAAUUUAUAACUUUUAACUUUAAUAUACUCUAAUCGUUACCUGAUACGAAUACAAAUACUCAUUCAUAAUACUUAUGUGAUAAUUUGAAUCAACGCAUAAAU